UGCCUUCUGUAUUUCACUAUUUCUCUCCAUUUCUACUCACAGAGCUACACAUCAAAAGCGUAAAAUUGAUUCACAGUCACAGAGAAGGAGUGAGAUAGAGGCGGCGCAAGAAAAAUCUCUAGAACACUGUUUUGAGAGUAAUCUCGCUUGUGUUCCUCAUUUUCAAUUUGAAAAUCUGAGAAUUUGAGCUGAAGAAAGUAAAAAAAUGGAGAGAACUACUCCGGUGAGGAAGCCUCACACAUCUACAGCAGAUCUGCUCACUUGGCCGGAGAAUUCUCCGGCGGAAUAUUCUGCCGCCGAAUCUGCAACUUCUGCUUUACGUGCUGGGAUCCGAGAUCACCAGCCGUCAAGUAGGAUCAGCAAGGUUCUUUCCGGAGGACAGGUGACUGAUGAGGAAGCUGAGAGCUUGAAUAAAAGGAAACCAUGCUCCGGGUCUAAAUGGAAGGAGAUGACUGGUAGUGGUAUCUUUGCAGCUGAUGGUGAAAACGGUGAUGCGGAUUCUGGCAGUGCCAACCCUACUCUUAGUAGUAACCGAGCAGGGUUACAACAUUACCAGCAAGCUGUUCGUGGAAUCAGCCAGAUAUCGUUUGGUACAGAAGAGAGUGUCUCCCCUAAGAAACCAACAUCACUACCUGAGGUGGCAAAGCAGCGAGAGUUAAGUGGAACACUUGAAAGCGAGUUGGAUGCAAAAAUGAAGAAACAGCUAUCUGAUGCUAAGUGCAAGGAGCUUAGUGGACAUGAUAUAUUUGGACCUCCUCCCGAGACUCCACCUCGACCAUUGGCUGCACGAUCUGUGGAGCAGAAAGAGAGCAUGGACAUGGGUGAACCAGCACCACGAAAUCUACGCACAUCCGUCAAAGUAUCUAAUCCUGCGGGAGGUCAGAGUAAUCUGAUGUUUAGUGAGGAAACAGUGAUGAAGACAGCAAAGAAGAUACAUAAUCAGAAAUUUCAAGAGCUUAGUGGCAAUGAUAUCUUUAAAGGUGAUGCCCCUCCAGGGUCUGCUGAGAAGUCACUUAGCACAGCAAAGCUGCGGGAGAUGAGUGGCAGUGACAUCUUUGCUGAUGGGAAGGCAGCCAACAGAGACUACCUAGGCGGAGUCCGCAAGCCUCCUGGUGGGGAGAGUAGCAUUGCUCUUGUUUAACUGCCUUGUCUGACCCUGUUUUUUUUACUUUAAUUAUUCUGUCCAUGGUUUGGUUGUCUUGAUCGAAUUGGGAAAAGAUACUAUGCACGUUGAAUGUUGAUUGUUUUCGUACGUGCUUGAUGUGGGUGAUUUGAGAUCGCAGUGUGGUCCUUUAAUAUAUUUAGGUCUUUAACAACAUCCAAACAAGAACGGACUGUUCUCUAAUUUGCUUUCCAAUCACUUGGUUUUAUAAGUAUUAUUUUGGAGCUAGUUUCUAAC